CGCCUCGCCGUGGCACCGCCCACUCCUGCCCCCGCGCCGGAAGCAGGAAGCGGGCGGCGGAAGGAGGCUUCCGGCUGCGCGGCGAGGGUGAUGCAACCUCCCUGGAGUGAUAGCAUUGGGAUGUUCCACCUGGGUGAGAGGUAGAAGAGCCACCAGCAAUUAGGACAACGCUGGAAUCCCUGUUGCUUCUCCAGGAGGAUGGACACCCUGAGGAACCGGACGGUGGAGGAGCUCCAGGAGCUGCAGGAGAACGCUGAGGAGAUCGAGCGCCUGGCCCUGGAGUCUCAGGAGGUUCAGGAGCUGCAGCUGGAAAGGGAGAUGGCUCUGGCUGCCAACAGGAGCUUGGCUGAGCAGAACCUGAAGUUCCAGGCGCCGCUGGAGAAAGGUCGCUCUGACCUCUCCAACAAGUAUGAGGAGCUGCAGAAGCUGGCUGAGAGGUGCAAAGAGCAAAAGGCCAAGCUGGAGAAGUUUUCAGCAGCGAUGCAUCCUCAGACCUUGCUGGAUCUCCUGCAGGUGGAAAGCCAGAAAAUCGAGGAGGAGUCUGAGAAAAUGGCUGAGAAGUUCCUGGAGGGGGAGGUGCCCCUGGAGCCCUUUCUGGAGCAGUUUUCCACCCUGAGGAAGCUGUCCCACCUGCGCCGGGUCCGAGUGGAGAAGCUGCAGGAGAUCCUCAGGAAGUCAGAGGGAUCGCAGGAGCCUGCAAGGGACUCACAGGCUCCUCCUCCUCCUCCUCCUGUCAUACCUGGAUCCAGCGACCCACCACAGCCACAGCCCUUUCCUUCAGGGGCUUCCUCAUUCCCUCUGCCCUACAGCCCAACCCCAAACCUGCCAGCAGGCCCCACAGCCCAUGGAGCUCUGCCUGCUGCUCCUUUCUCUGGCUCCCCGGUCACCGUGGGGCACGUUGCUUCCUCCCAGCCCAGCUCCCAGCCCUCCUUUCCCUAUAAACCACCCCCAGCUGCUGGGUACCCUCCAGCACAGGCUGCUGAGUAUCCCAAGCCCCCCUCAGGAGGCUCAUCUCCAGCUCCAAUCUAUGCCUGGUCCCCAUCCAGGGGCCCACCUGCCCCCUCAACCUUUCCUGCCCCUUCUCCUCCACCACCCAGACCUCUCUACCCUCCCUAUUACCCCCCUGGAGCAGCAAGACCUCAAUGCCCCUACCCAACCCAACCCCCUCUCCCUAAUUUCCCAAUCCCCUCACAACCUCCUUACCCUUCUGGACCCCCCCAACCCUUUGGGUACCCCCCACCUCCAAACCCUCAACGUCCUCCUUGGCCUGGUUACUAAAUCCAGACCCCUGGGGGAGUAUCUUCCAAUGCUCCCUCCUCGUUGUGUGGACUGAGGAAGAAGAGCUUCACUCUUCCAUCCGUCAGAGCAGAAGCAUUAAGCAGGAUAAGAGACAAUGAGUGGCUCUGGGGGUGGUUGGAGAGGCUGAUGUGUCCCCCAUCAUGGGCUAUAACUCUUUGGGCCAGUGGCUGAUGGGCUGAAGUGGCCCAAAUAGGCUCAUCUGGGCUCUGGUGUGAUAGCCAAUAACCUGGGAACGAAGUGCACUGAUGGCAGCCACCAAGAAACUGGACCCCACCCUUGUCUGUGAGGGUGAGAGGGAUGUAAUAUCAUCCUCAGCCUUCUCACAGCUCCUGAGGACACAGGGUGGGGGCCACUGACAGUAUUUCUGAUGCAAAAGUACUCAGCUCUCCAAGGAGACCUCCCUGGAAGCAAAAAAUAAGGCAGAGCCAGACUUGGAGAUGUCUCUCUGGGUCCAUCUCUACCACUGCUGCUUUUCAGCCCAGGAACUUUUCCCAGUUGCCCUGGGACCUUAGGACUCUGCCUCACCGAGGACAUGAAGAGCUCUGGAAGCUUCCCAGAGUUCCAGACAUGGAUUUUAUCAGUGCUUUUGAGGCAAACCUGGGCUGCCACCAUGAGGUGCUGCUGGCUUUUGAGUCACAAGAGUUGUGAAAGCAGAAAUUGCAGCCUCCUGUAUCACCACCACCACCACCCCCACCCCUCUCCCGUAGUGCCCGUGUUGGAGGGGGGUAAACAGGGUGGUUAUUUUGGGGUCCUCCAACCUUCCCUUCUCAGGAAACACUUUUGACAGCAGAGGGAGUGAUGGGAUGUUGAUGGGAUUUGCUUUGCUCAGCACUUUAUCCUAGGAAUCCUGCCUGUAUCCCUGUAAGUUAUUUAUAAGGAACCAUUACUAAUGGACUAGGAGGAGGCAAAUGCUUUGAGAGGGGUGGGGGGUGGGUU